AUGAAUUCCAGCCAGAAAAAAGCAUCCAGUUCCGCUUUUCAUUGCCGCAGCCAAUGGACGCGGGGUGUCGUUCAGGAGCUCAUAUCUCGUCACCACGAUAUCAACGAGCCAGAUGGAAAUAGCACCACACCCCUGAUGCAAGCGUGUCGGAAUGGGCACAUUCAUGUCGCGACGUUUCUUAUUAAUCAUGGCGCAGAUGUUUCAGCACGUAACAGCUCAGGCUACACGGCGCUAUACAUGGCAGCUGAGAUCGGGAGCCUAGAGCUGGUCCAGCUAUUAAUGGGCAAGGGUGCCACCGUCGAUGAACAAAAUCCGGUUACCUGGCCCAUGCGAGUCGCCAAAACUCCAGAUAUCCGGCGUGUUUUGACCUUGCCUCUGGCCUCGCCUAUGACUUCGCCUCCUACAUCGCGCUUCCCCGGAAAUCGCGAUCGGAAUCGGAAUCGGAAUCGGAAUCGGGCUGGCGGGGACCCGAGGGAUCCGAUGAAUCGCAGACGAAGCCUAGGAGUGGAGGAUGGUUUCAUCCGUAUCAUUGAAGAAUCUUGGGCAAGGGAAAACGAAGGCAAGAUGUGGAUGGAUUAG